AUGGAGAUCGGUCCAGGCGCGGAGAGGAGGCUAGCUGCAGGACCAGAGAUAGAAUGGGGUGUGGGGUUCAGGCUUGGAGAGGGGCUAGCCACGGAAUCCUGCCGCGUUGUGACCGCGAAGCCCAGGGGAGAGAUGGCCUCACUUCCACCAGAGGAAGACCAUCUGUUGCGCUCAUCUCCACCACCACAGGAGCUGAAGCUACCUCCCGAGGGUCAACUCCUGUCCUGUCCUGCAACGCCUAGGGCUGCUGAGCCUGCAAUGCCUAGGUUUGCAGAGACUGCAAUGCCCAGUGAGGCCGAGCCUAUAAUGCCCAGGUUGGCCUGUUCUGCACCGCCCAGGGAUGCCUUUUCAGAAAGUAACGGAGAGUCAUCUGGUUAUGAAAGUGAAACUGUUCGAUCUGAUGUCUCAUCUCCAGAAGGAGAAGGUGUUGAAAGCGAACCAAAUGUCAACCGGAGAAUGCGAACAAAAUUCACACCAGAUCAGAUUCACAAACUGGAGAACAACUUCAGUAAGCACAAGUAUUUGGGUGCUUCUGAGAGACUGAAAGUGGCUGCAAAACUACAUCUCUCUGAAACUCAGGUGAAAACAUGGUUCCAGAACCGAAGAAUGAAACUAAAGCGUGAGGUGCAAGAUCUACGUCCCGACUUCUUGAACCCUGCUCUGUUGCCUCGGGUGAUGUACCAGCCCGUUUCUUCUCUCCAGCACUUCAGCUACCCGGUGCAGCAGCUUGCAGUUCUCACUGACACAGCAGACAACCCAGCACACUGUCUCUAUCCAUCCUUCAAUCAUCAUGUGCCUAUGCAACAAAUUAUAUUCCCUCAGCAACCACUCCACCAUCUUCUGCUGGCUUCACAAUAUCACUAUUGA